UUACUGUGUGUGUGUUUGUGUGUGUGUGAGAGAGAGAGAAACAUAACCGCGGUUCGUUCGGCGGCAGCAGGAUGUGUCUCGGUGCGCCGCACGGUGAUGUGGGAGCUGAAUGAAUGGCAGCGGUACCGAACCGGACACUUUGGACCCGCACGCGCACUAUGGGUGCUGGACGGUAAACAGCAGAGGCAGCCAGUGUUUUUCAGUGAUGGGACGUCCCUCUGGCAUUAUUAUGCAUGCAGCUCAUAACAGAACUGAAACAAGUGGCCACACCUGGGAAACCUCUGCAGCAUGAAAAACCGUCAGAGAGCCUGAGUGGUGAAGAUGCAGCACACAACAUGCACUGAAGACAGGAUCCAGCAUGCACUGGACAGGUGUCUGGAUGGGCUGAGACAAAGUCCCACAGCAGCACAUCACUGGAACGUGCUCAUGUGUUCCACGGGGCAGUCAAUGAACCGCUGGAGCCUGGAGGAGCUGGUGAAGAGAGACCCGGAGAAUUUCCUCAUCCUUCUGCAACAGAUCAUCAGGAAGACCAGAGAGGUUCAGGAACAGUGUCAGUAUGAGAUGGUGGCUCCACUCGCUAUCAUGUUCUCCUCCACGCUGCUUCAGACGCCUUACUGUCCUCCUGACACCAAGUUGCUGGAGGAAGCUGUCAAGGUAUUUCGACACUUCCUCACCUGGCCCGAGCCGUACUGCAGUGUGUGUAGAAACCUCCUCCAUACACUACAACUGGAGAUUAAAGCUCCAGGGAUUUCCUUUCAGAGACUGGUGAGAGAAGAGCAGGGCUUGAAAACUUCCAACGACUGCUCCAAGACCAUGACGGUGCUGCUGAUGAACCCGGGUGAGGUGCCUGCUGACUUUCUCUCAGUGGCUGAGCAACUCAGUCAUAUCCAUUGCUCACCCAGAGACACCUGCAUCACCCUGAUCAAACACGCCUUCCAGUCUACAUUCGGCACCAAGUACCCUCUACACACCAUCCACUGCGCCCUGCAGGGAAAAAGUACAAGCGAACUGUGCAAGAUCUUCUCCACGGUGAGUGACAUCUUAGAGACAGCCGCUACCAUGAGUGACCCACUGAAAGGGCGCCGUCAUGUGAUCCAGAGGCUGGAGGGACUGAGGGAGACGAUGGACAUACCAGCAUCCACUGGAAGGAAGUCUCAUGGAAUGCUGCAGACAUUACCAGUGCCCACAGCCAAGUGUUACAUGUUUCACUGGGAAAAAGAUAACUUUGAUGUUCUGAACACACUUUUGGAACAUGACCAUGAUGAGCUGACAAUUAAUGGACAGCUUGAGGAGGAACACGAUAAAGAGGAGGAACGUGAAGUUGAUUUGGACCCAAUAGAUAAAGAAGAGGAGGAACAUGAAGUCGAUUUGGGCCCAAUAUCUAUCAUGCCAAGCAACUUUGAGGGCAACUAUCGGGCAUCCACCUUCUCCACCAUCUCCUCCUCCUCUACAGCCUCAAAAGACUCCAUGUUCUCGACUCUGUCUGUGACUUCAGAAUCCUAUGCUCCAUCAAUCAUCUCCUUAGUUUCUGGCACUGAUAGUGACUUUGAAGAUCCCGAUGAUUGCGGCUCUCUAAUAUUGGAGAGAUGCUCACCGAAGUCAGUUACCAAAGCUUCAGCUCGGCUCAGCCAACACUUUCACCGACUCUUCAAUAAACCUAUACACCCUCGCUUACUGUCACGAGCCCAAAGCUUAGGCAACACAGAAUCAAAAGACCUGUUGUUGGUGAGAGACAGGCGCUCCAAUUCACUGCCCCAACAGGUCCAGUCACGUAGCCUGGAGCCCCUAUUUGAUCCAAAGACUCAGACUCUCAGACAUAUCUGUUUCAGAAGGAGGCCUAUUCUGAGCAGUGAUGAGGAAAGCAAGAACAUAACGCUGAGGGUGGUGGUGUUCGGAGCAGAUCACGUAGCAGGGAAAGUGGCCCGGGCUUACAGUGACCUGAGGAGGAAGGAGGGCACAUGUCCACUCCUCAGCAGAGCUUUUAAUCUUCGGUUCUACUUUGUACCGGUGAAGAGAGACCCAGCAGCAGGUCCAGGAUAUCUCAGGUCUCCUAGUCCUGUGGCCUCACCCGGAACGCCCAAAGCAGCAGCCAUAAGUAAUGACCUAAACCUCUCGGGCACAGAAGACAGCACUAAUGAUAUCGCCCACCUCCUGGGUAUGUUGGACCCUUGGUACGAGAGAAACACCCUCAGCCUUCUUAACCUGCCUGCCAAUGUUGUCUGCCAGCAAACAUCAAAGACUGAGUCAGAGUCAUAUGACAGUUCGUAUGAGCAGCGCCUGCCAAUCCUGGCUGACUUGGUCCUUUACUACUGCCGUUACGCCGCCCGGCCGGCUCUGAUCCAGCUCUACCAAGCUGAGUUGACUUUGGCUGGUGGAGAAAGGAGGACUGAGGUGUUCGUCCACUCCAUGGAGCUGGGGCACACUGCAGGAACACGAGCCAUCAAGGCUAUGGGAGCUGCCAGUAAACGAUUCGGCAUUGACGGUGAUCGAGAAGCGAUGCCUCUAAUAUUGGAGGUUGUGUACAACAGGGUGGUGAUUAGCGGGAGAAGCCAAUGGAAGAGAGAAACGAAAGUCUGCACUUCAAUAAAUUUAACCAAAGCAUGCAAGAAUCCUGAGGAACUGGACUCAAAAAUGGAGUACCUGCAGCUCGCGAUGACUGAGGUCCUGAAGAGACAAAACUGUAAAAGCAAGAAGGGCUACAAUCAGCAGCUGAGUCUAACAGAAGUGAAAGUGGACAAGGUGCAGGUCAGCGGUGCCGGGAACACAACGUUUGCUGUGUGUCUCGACCAGGAUGAGAAGAAGAUCCUGCAGAGUGUCACCAGGUGUGAGAUAUCGGUCUGCUAUAAACCUGAUAACUCCACUGACUGGCAGCUCAGAAAAUCCCAGAUGUCUGCCCAAAUUCAGCCUCUACACCCGACCUUCUGCUCCCUCCUCUGCCUGCCCAUUGUCACUUUCAGUGGAGCUCUUCCAUGAGAAGCCUGAUCGACCAUCCCGGUGGACUUGAAGGACAGUGCACUUAUUUGAAAAAUAUAGUGUUUCAGCAGAGCAAAAAUGGACACAUUUUUUGUGUUGUUUCCUCUGAUGUCUUGAUGGUGCAAUAUAAGUUCUUCUUAUGUUGGUUGCCACUAAUGUAAAGGAGUGUUUCACAUGGGAAAUCAUGCUAACUGGAUUGUUUUCAGUAAUAACGCACUCAAAAGGACCAGCAAAGUUCUAAUCUUCAUCCACUUGUCUCU